AUGAAUAUCACCCUGUCCCCUCCCCUGCUCCUUCUUCUCAAGCUCUCGCCUGAUGCCGGCUGUAUGGUUCUAGGGUUUCUCAAAUGGGUGUGUUCGAGACCCGACUUUGCUCUUGACGAUGAGACAGUGUCGUUGUUUGUCAAUUACUUUGGUUGCUGGAAAGACUUCAAGACCAUUCAUGAGGUACUCAUUGAUGCCUGGGGUGUUGCGGGGGCCAAAAGUUUGGAAGCAGCUAUUGAUCAGCUUGUUCGGGCUGGACAGCCAACCCAGGUGGUGUCCUUCUUUGACAGAAUGGAGAUAGUUUAUGGAUUUGAUCGCAACAAAGAAUCGCUUAGAUUGAUUGUUGUCAAAUUUUGCGAACAUGGGUUUGCAAGUUAUGCAGAGAAGAUGGUGAAGAAUUUGGCGAAUGAGUUUUUUCCUGAUGAAAAUAUGUGUGAUAUGCUGAUUAAGGGGUGGUGUGUUGAUGGAAAGCUCAACGAGGCAAGGAGAUUGGCUGGUGAGAUGUAUAGGGGAGGUUUUGAGAUUGGUACAAUGGCAUACAAUGCCAUUCUUGAUUGCGUGUGUAAGCUCUGUAGGAAAAAGGAUCCCUUUAGGCUUCACUUGGAGGCUGAAAAGGUCUUGGUAGAUAUGGAUAUUGCCGGUGUUCCUUGUGAUGUGGAGACAUUUAACGUGCUAAUUACUAAUUUUUGUAAAAUUCGAAAGACAGAGGACGCAAUGAAGCUGUUUUAUAGAAUGGGUGAGUGGGGAUGUUUUCCCAAUGCAACAACUUUUCUUGUUCUUAUGAGAAGUCUCUAUCAGGCUGCAAGAGUUGGAGAGGGGGAUGAGAUGAUUGGGAUGAAAUCUGCAGGAUUUGGGGAUUAUCUUGAUAAACAUGGGUUUAUAAAAGUUAUAUGUGGAAUUGAAAGGGUUGAUCAUGCAAUGCUCAUUUUCAGAAUGAUGAAAAAGGAUGGAUGCAAACCUGGGAUUAAGAAUUAUGAUUUGUUGAUGGGGAAGCUGCGUGCUAAAGGACUUAUUGAUAAGGCCAAUGCUUUGUUUAAUGAAGCUGCAAGAAGAGGGGUACCAGUUACACCUAAAGCAUAUAAACUGGACCCAAGGUUUGUGAAGAAACCUAAGGCUGUGAAGAAAGAGAAAAAGCGAGAGACAUUGCCUGAGAAAAUGGUAAGGAAGAGGAGAAGUCUCAGAGAACUUGGGCUAAGUUUUGUGAAGAAACCAAAACAAAUGAUGCGUCGAUCCUUUUAA